CAUGUUUUGGUUCUGCAGCACCACCCUUGUCAAUAAUUGCUUAUGGUUCUCCUCAUUUCCAUGCUGAAGUUCAAAUUUAUAGUGCAAUGCCCAAAAAUCCCCAGUAUCAGGAGCUAGAGUCACUGCCCAGUUCAGCCAAGUCCUAGCUUUAUACACCUUGCUGUGAUCCCAGAGUAGCUUUGCCGCCGCAGCAGCAAUGAGAUGUGGAUCAUGAUCACACUUCUUGAGGGUAUUAUGCCCGCAAAAUGCCACUGCUUGGACACUCCCGCAGUGCUUUUGCCAUCAAAAUAUCAGCUUCCUUCUUGUUUCCAUGCUUCAAUUCUGCCCUAACAGCAGCUAGCCAGAGCUCAGGGUUCUAAGGAUUCUUCUUUCGAGCCAUGGCGAGAACUGCUCGAAUUUUGCUAAGUCCAUCCAUCUCUUCUUCAAGUUUGGCAGGAGAGAACCAAAGAGGAAUACAGUUGGGACAGGUCUUUAUUCCAGACUCAUAAACUUUCUUAGCUUCCUUCAGGUGCUCAAGUUGUUCUUUAUGCUUAUCAGCCUGUUUAGUAGCCUGGGCAGGUCGUACCUCAAGCUGACCAAGCAUCAGCCAUAGUUUCAAGAAUGAAGGGAAAAGCUUUAGCCCUUCAUCUAACAGCCUCCUUUCCUCAUCAAUAUUUCCAAUUCCCCCUCAACAAUUGCAGACUUCUACUCUUUUUGUACCUCCUCUCUUCCCGGGCUUUGACCAACAGCAUUCUAGCUCUCUCACGUUCAUGGUUUUCAAGUUCAAGCUUGAAAUCAGCUAACCAUAUUUCCUCAGAAUUGGGAAUGGAAGCAUAAGUUUUUUGAAGGAUUGCACCAGCCUCCGGCACAUACCCAGCAAGCUACUUUCCCUUUGCGCCCAUAAGCAGGCCCUAUAUCAGAACGCGUGGUGAAUCCGGCGGCACCACGUCCAAGACCAGCAACGUAAUUUUGGGGAGGCUUGGAGUUCAGGAAAUCAAAUCGAGCUUUGGGAAGGGUCGGCGGUUGAGUGCCACCAAAGAAGGGAACGUGGAGAGUUAAAUUGGAGUAAGGUCGAACCCCCAGAUAGGAGAUAAUAGUGGGAUCAUCAUCGCCGCUGUGAAAGGAAUAAGCGUUGAUGGAAUACAGGUACAUCUGAAAUUUGCUGGAUAGCGAGGUCCAAGGCAUGGAAGGAGUUCGCCUUAGGAUCAACAUCUAAAGAUAGCUGCGUCUCCCCCGAAUGAAAGGAAGAAAGACCCGCUCUUAGUCUGAAAAAAAGCUCAGAAAGAGGCAGAGACGUUAAGCCUAUUCCAGAAUGAAUUGUCGAAGAUGAAGAAAGUGGAGAAACCGUUUCAAGGACCAAUCCAAAGUCAUUUCUUCCCCGCAGGAAAAGAUAUGUAUUUAUAGGGGUAGUAUUUAUUAUAUUUUAUUAUCUAGCUUCCGUACUAGCCCAUCGGUUGUACACUUAUACCAGUUGGCCCCACUGAUUGGCUGACGCUGACGUCAAGCAAAGUCUGAUUUCUGUUGAGCUCCACGGUAUAUUUUAUUUUUUCGUUGCAACGGAAGGUGAUCAAUUUUCAUUCUUCAGCACUGAAGAAGACGGAGAAUGAUGAAAACAGCAGAAGCUUGGCCUCUAAAGGUUACAUUUACGGAGCCAGCGAAGCACUGGACCGAUGCGAUUCCUUUAGGAAAUGGACGUCUUGGAGCUAUGGUCUGGGGCGGUGUCGCUUCCGAAAUUAUCCAGCUCAACGAGGAUACGCUUUGGACUGGGACACCGGGAGUCUACACUGAUUCCAGAGCUCCGGAAGCACUUUCAGAGGUGCGAAAACUUGUUGAUCAAGAAGAAUAUUCAAAGGCUACUGAGGCAGCGGCUAAGCUGACUGGAAACCCUGCUGAAGUCUACCAACUUCUUGGUGAUAUCAGGCUGGACUUUGAUUAUUCGCAUCUUACAUAUGGAGAAGAGGGUUAUCUAAGAGAGCUAGAUUUGGACACUGCAACAGCUAAAGUGAAGUAUUCUGUGGGUGAUGUAGAAUUUGAGAGAGAACAUUUUGCCUCUUAUCCAAGUCAAGUGAUUGUAACCAAGAUUUCUGGAAAUAAACCUGGAAAAUUAUCAUUUACAGUUUCCCUGGAUAGCAAAUUGUUUCAUCAAACUUACAUAAGUGGAAAAAAUCGGAUUAUAAUGGAAGGAGGAUGUCCCAGCAAAAGGAUCCCACCAGAACAUUUUGCAAAGGAAAACGAACUUGGAAUUAAAUUCUCAGCAAUUCUUGAUUUAAAGAUUAGUGACAGGAACGGUGUGAUCAAUAUCUUGGAUGGCAAGAACUUGAAGGUUGAGGGUGCAGAUUGGACUGUUUUGCUUCUCGUUGCUUCAUCUUCCUUCAGCGGGCCAUUUACGCAGCCUUCAGAUUCUAAAAGAGAGCCCACUUCAGAGUGUUUGAGUAUAUUAAAUUCAAUAAGCAGUUUAUCGUACGCUGAUCUAUAUGCCAAUCAUGUAACUGAUUAUCAGGAACUUUUUCACCGAGUCUCACUGCAUCUUUUAAAAAGCACACAGGACGUAUCAAGAGGUGGGUCUUUGGAGAUUAAAAGACUUGCACCGUCUGUAGUUGAUUUAUCUCUCAAGGACUGUGCUGUAGCAGUUUCAACUUCAGAGAGGGUGAAAGCAUUUCAGACUGACGAAGAUCCAUCGUUGGUGGAGCUUUUAUUCCAAUAUGGUCGUUAUUUGCUCAUUUCUUGUUCACGCCCGGGAAGUCAGGUGGCUAACCUCCAGGGAAUAUGGAACAAAGAUCUCCAUCCAACAUGGGAUGGAGCUCCGCAUUUGAACAUUAAUCUUGAAAUGAAUUAUUGGCCUUCUCUGCCUUGCAACCUUAGCGAGUGUCAAGAGCCCCUGUUUGAUUAUAUUUCCUCUCUAUCCCUAAAUGGCAGAGAAACUGCAAGAGUAAACUACAAAGCAAAUGGUUGGGUUGUGCAUCACAAGUCAGAUAUAUGGGCAAAAUCAUCAGCAAGCGACGGUGAUGUCGUGUGGGCUUUGUGGCCAAUGGGAGGAGCAUGGCUUUGUACACAUCUAUGGGAGCAAUAUGCUUACACAUUGGAUGAGGAUUUCCUCAGAUAUAAAGCUUAUCCCUUGUUGGAAGGGUGUGUAUCGUUUUUAUUGAGCUGGCUGAUUGAAGGCAAUGAAGGAUUUCUAGAAACAAAUCCAUCAACAUCCCCAGAACACAUGUUUACUGCUCCCAAUGGUGAGCCUGCUUGUGUGAGCCGAUCAUCAACAAUGGACAUGGCAAUCAUAAAAGAAGUUUUCUCCAUAUUUCUUUCUGCAGCUGAGAUUUUAGGGAGAGACAAGGAUCAUAUUGUUGAAGAAGUCCGAAAAGCUCAACCAAGGCUACGUCCAACUGAGAUUGCUAGCGAUGGUUGCAUAAUGGAGUGGGUGAAGGACUUUAAGGAUCCAGAUGUGCAUCACCGUCACCUUUCUCAUUUGUUUGGUCUAUUCCCUGGGCAUACCAUUACUUCUGAGAAAAGUCCAGCUCUGUUUGAAGCUGCUGAGAAAAGCCUGCAUAAACGAGGAGAAGAAGGUCCAGGAUGGUCGAUCACAUGGAAAACUGCUUGCUGGGCUAGGCUACGCAACAGUUACAAUGCAUAUAAGAUGAUCAAGCGUUUGUUCAAGUUGGUGGAUCCUAAUCAAGGGGUACAAUUUGAAGGAGGACUAUAUAGCAACUUAUUUGCUGCUCACCCACCAUUUCAGAUUGAUGCCAACUUUGGUUUUACAGCUGCAAUUGCAGAAGUGCUUGUGCAGAGCACAUUAGAAGAUCUUUUCCUACUUCCGGCACUUCCUCAGGAGAAAUGGCCAAAUGGAUCAGUGGAAGGGUUGAAAGCUCGCGGAGGAACUACGAUUAGCAUAAGGUGGAGAGAAGGGAACCUUGAGGAGGCUGCUGUCUGGUCCAAUCAUCACACCACUCUCAAAAGAAUUCACUACAGAGCCUCCUUGGUCUCUGCAAACUUCUUGCCUGACGUCCUUUAUAAGUUCGAUGGACAGCUGAAAUGCCUCAACUGAAAUGGAAGCUUCUUCACCGUGAUAAUUUGCAGAGCUUUUAUUUUACGUAUAUAUAAAAGUCAGAGGGCCUUAUCAUUAUUAUAAAUAAAAGUCAGAGGCCCUUGUCAAUAUUAUAAGAGUUGGUGGUAACCUCUUCCUGAUCAAAUGUCAAUGUUGUUUCCCUUUGGACUUUAAUCUAUUAAAAUGCUUAUUACAAAAAUAUGAUUAUUCAAAUAUGAAUAAUAUAAUUCUCUUCAUAA